UAAAAUAUUGAUAAAAUAUGCUAAAUAAUCGCCUAUUUAAAGCGACCCUACCUCUACGUUUUCCUUCCCCCCGCUCUCUUCUUUGCUUCUCAUAAACUCUCUCUGUCUAAUCCUCUGAUUCUUCAACAUUCUAUUCGAUUUAAUUUAGAAAUGAAGAUGGAGUUUGAAGGUCGGUUUGGACAAGCUCAAAGGCAGAAAUAUGAUUGCCUUCUUUUCGAUCUAGAUGAUACUCUUUACCCUGUUAGUGCUGGAUUGGCAGCUGGAGUUCUCAAGAACAUCAAAGAUUAUAUGGUUGAAAAGCUUGGAAUCGAUGCAGAAAAGAUCCCUGAACUAUGUAAUUUGUUAUACAAAAACUACGGGACCACAAUGGCAGGCAUUCGGGCAAUUGGCUAUGAUUUUGACUACGAUGAAUACCACAGUUUUGUUCAUGGACGAUUGCCAUAUGAGAACUUGAAACCCGAUCCUGUUUUGAGGACUCUUUUAUUAAGCUUGCCUAUUCGCAAAGUCAUAUUUACGAAUGCGGACAAGAUCCAUGCUGCUAAAGUUCUUAACAAACUCGGAUUGGAAGAUUGUUUUGAAGGAAUCAUUUGUUUCGAGACUUUGAAUCCCAUUCACAAAACUGUGGCUUCUGAUGAUGAAGAUGACAUCGAGUUUGUAGGCUCAACAACACAGUCUUCUGCUAAUAACAAUAAUAAUAAUAAUAAUAAUAAUAUAACAAACGAAAUAUUUGAUAUAAUCGGACAUUUUUCAAGAUCUAACUCAUCCUCGGAGUUACCAAAGACACCAAUUGUCUGCAAACCAUCCGAAGACGCCAUUGAGAAGGCUCUCAAGAUCGCCAACAUUAACCCUCAAAGAACGUUGUUUUUCGAAGACAGUGUCCGAAAUAUUCAAUCGGGAAAACGUGUUGGGCUCGACACAGUUUUGGUUGGGACAUCUCAUAGGUGCAAAGGUGCGGAUUAUGCUUUAGAAAGCAUGCACAAUAUUAAAGAGGCGAUACCGGAGCUGUGGGAAGCCGAUAACAAGGUUUCUGACGGCGGUUAUAAUUCCGGCAAGGUCAAAAUCGUGGAGACAUCUGUCACAGCUUGAGAAUCGAGAUUAGAUUAAUGUCGUUAUCUCUUUGGCUUACGUAUCUAAACGCAGACUUGGUUGUACCUUGUGGAAUGCAAGUUGUACCAUGAUCUGGGUUUGGUUGCAAAAUUUGUCACCCAAUCAUGAUGUAUAUGUGGUAGAUGUUAAUGUUAUGGGUAAUGGUGAUGAAAUCUUAAAUUCAUUGUCUAGUCAGUCGAUGUAGAUGUUUCAUGGUCAAUAAUAAUUAGUGUUUUAAUAAA